ACACUGGUUGCAGUGUGCGGUUGAGUCGAAGCGCUUGUAAAUUAACAUAUCAUUGAAUUUCUCAUCGACAAAAUGCCUAAGGUUGUAUUCAAAUACUUCGAGGUGAAGGCCCUUGGGGAGUCCACAAGGCUCCUCCUGGCGUAUGGAGGCCAAGAGUUCGAAGACCAGAGAAUCCCCUUCGAUCAGUGGCCAUCCCACAAGCCAUCGACUCCCUUUGGCCAAUUGCCAGUGUUGGAGAUAGACGGCAAGCAGUACGCCCAAAGCAUCGCCAUUGGCCGCUACCUCGGCCGCAAGUACGGGCUCGCCGGCGACGACGCGGAGCAGGACUUUGAGAUCGAUCAGAAUGUGGAUUUCGUGAACGACUUAAGAGCCAAGGCGGCGGUUGUCCAAUACGAACCGGACGCGGAGAUAAAGGCCAAGAAACACGAGGAGCAGUCAAAGAACAUUUAUCCAGCUCUCUUAAACAAACUCGACGAAAUUAUUAAGAAGAACAAUGGCCACAUUGCUGCCGGCAAGCUUACCUGGGGUGAUUUUAUCUUUGCGGGCAUGUUCGACUACCUGAAGGUAAUGCUGCAGAUGCCAGACCUGGAGAAGAAGUAUCCCAGUUUCCAGCAGGUCAUAGAUGCGGUCUAUGCUAACCCUAAGGUUAAAGCCUACAGCGAGAAUGCGCCCAAGUGCGACUUAUAGAUUCUCGAACAUCUAAUCAUAAUCCUAGGCAGUUUAUUUUCCUAUGGAGCGUAUAACAGUUAUAUUAUGUUACUGUAAACAACUUGUAGCUGUUCAGUGACGUAACGUGACGUGACGUGACGUGACAGUAUGUAACGUUACGUCUUUUGUCACUGAAACACACGGUGGCAUGGUAAGUUAUCAGUGAGGUAAAUCCUUAAAAUUUAUGACAAAUCGUGAACACCUGUAAGAUAAUCUCAUUAUCGUCUAUUCUCUAUUAAUAUUGGCUAUCAGGAAAUAAAACGUUUCUAAGCCGUUGAAGCAAUAACUCUUUUAAAAUAACCUAGCACGUACUAUCAAUAUAACUAAAUAUGAUAUGUGUUUACUUGUGUUAUUUACUAACUCUUGAUUGAGUGUUGGCUAGUCUUUUUGGAGAUUGGCUUUCAUUCAACCAGAUUAUACUUUAUACAGCUAUGUAACUCAGUGCCUUAAGUCAUAAAAAUUACC